CUUUUUUUUCCGUCCCGGCAUUUUGUCUCGGGCAACUAGUAGAAGAAUGUCCGACUCAGAGGUUAAAACUACCAGUGAUGGAAGACAAGAAAACAGUGACAGUAAUUUAAUAGUUAAUUACCUGCCGUGUGACAUGCUUGAAGGAGAAUUAAAAAUUUUGUUCGAUCCUUGUGGCAAAGUUGAAGCUGUAAAAAUAAUACGUAAUAGACAGACACAGGAGUCGAUGGGUUAUGGAUUUAUAAAGAUGUCUAAUUAUGAAGAAGCCCUUAAAGCUGUUAAUGAUUUAACUGGCUUGAAAAUACGUGACAAGACACUGAAAGUUAGUUUUGCUCGUAAAAAUUCAAAGGAUAUUAAAAAUACGAACUUAUAUAUCCAAAAUUUACCGAAAAAAUUUUGAAAAAGAGAAUCUGGAAAACUUAUUUUCUACUUUUGGGACCAUUAUCGAGUGCAAAGUUUUAGUUGAUCACAAAACAAAGGAAAAAAAGGGAAUUGGUUUCGUAAGAUUUGGCCUAAAAAGUGAGGCGGACCAUGCCUUGCGAGCCAUGAAUGGCUACCAGCCUUCUGGGGCCACUUCCUGCAUUAAAGUUAAAAUAGCGGAGGACUUUGCUCUUAAGGCCCAAAGGCGACAGAAGGCUGCGGCUGCCACAAUGAUGACUGGAAAUCGUUAUAACCCCUACGGGGUUAUGGUUAAACCAAAUGUUCCUGCUUUUAACCAGCCACCGGUGGGCAUGUACGGUUUUGAGCCUUUUACGCCGCCCGGCCCUUUUGGCCAGAUGGGUUUAAACCCAGCAAUUCCACAGAAUAUGUGUAUGAUCGGUGGCUUAGGCGGUAUUGGAGGUGUUGCAAAUAGCGUUGGAGGGCUUGGUCUUCCUCCUCAGGCGUACUCUAUUCCACUGCCGCCUACCAGAUCCGGCCCCUUAUGGUGUCUUUUUGUUUAUAACAUUGGCAAAGAAGCAGAUGAAAAGUUUUUGUAUGAUUUGUUUUCUCCUUUUGGCCACGUUACUUCCGUCAAGGUUAUACGCGAUGACAACAAACAGUGCAAAGGCUACGGCUUUGUCAACAUGGAGGACUAUAACCGCGCUUUAUUGGCAGUCCAGUCACUCAAUGGUUACCGCGUGGGCGAUAAAUUUUUGCAAGUCAGCUUUAAGCAGAAUAAGGAAAAGACUUCUCGUCCAUAAUUUUCUUGACUUGUAAAGUAUCUGUCUGAAGUAGAAGGAGUUAAUAAUUUUCAUUAUUAUAAUUAUGGGCUCCGGCGCAUUAUUUUCAUUUUUUU